GUUGGUCCAGUCCAAUGUGAUGCUCUGCCCCAGGGGGCGCUUGGACCUUCUGAUCCGUGUUGCCUCAAUGCUCAUCUGUUUUGAUGGAGAUGUUCUGAACUCCCAGCAUGAGAUCAAGCGGUUUCUCUUGGAGACGGACAAGCCCUUGACCUCUCUGCUUCCCAGCUCUGCCACAAUUGGCAGAGCCCUGGUAUCUUUACUCUUCUGCCCAGAUCAUGCCGAGCAAAUGAAGCAGGGUGAGUUGGGAGCUUCACUGGUACAUAGUUUUGAAAAUCUGUUUGGUUACAACGUCUUGGAUUGGAUGCCACUUGAUGGCGGGGAGCCUCAUAGGCUAACUGCUGCUGCUCAUGCUGCCAUCCUGGAACAUGCCCCUGAUCUUGAUCGUGUCCGAGCUAUCGUGACAAAGCCACUUUUGAAUGCCUUCUCGAAGCUGAUGACCCUUCAGGGUACCAUGGCGGCAGAUCGUUUCCUUUGCGAAGCUGGGUGGAAAUCUGGGAUACUUCCCCAG